CGCCGGUCAGCACAGCAGACUGGGGACUUGACCCUGCCUGCCGGGCCGCCCCCACCCAUAAGGAGUGAGGGCAUACCCCGAAGCCCACACACUCACUUUCAGCCGAGGCACCUGAGGCCGACUCCCUCCUUGGGGCUUGGGCCGGACCCGGGUGAAGCGCCCCGCCCCCUUCACACCCUUUCUCCCGGCUCUGCUCGACGCCUGAGGGUCCGCGGGGCCCCCACUUCCCAGCACUGCUCCCUUGGAAAACCUGGACACGGGUCCGGUAGGGUCAGCAUCAGCUGUGGCCUCUGCGCCCCCGCUUCCUGCCACCGUGGCGUGUAUGUGUGCUUCUCUGAUAAAGGCCAGGGGCUCUAGCUUUCCUCACGCCCAGGAGCCCACCCAAACCAGGAAUUGAUUGCCUGGAGAAAUGGAUACUUCUCCCUCCAAAAAAUAUCCAGUUAAAAAACGGGUGAAAAUACAUCCAAACACAGUCAUGGUGAAAUAUACGUCUCAUUAUCCUCAGCCUGGGGAUGGUGGAUAUGAAGAAAUCAAUGAAGACUAUGGAAGUUUUAUGGAAGAAAAUCCAAAGAAAGGCCUGCUGAGUGAAAUGAAAAGAAAAGGAAGAACCUUCUUUGGAACCACGGAUACCCGCCCUCCAACAGAAGACCCAGUGACCAAUGAGAUUGGACAGUUCCAAAGCUUUGCAGAAAAAAAUAUUUUUCAAUCCAGAAAAAUGUGGAUAGUGCUGUUUGGAUCUGCUUUGGCUCACGGAUGUGUAGCUCUUAUCACUAGGCUUGUUUCCGAUCGUUCCAAAGUUCCAUCUCUAGAACUGAUUUUUAUCCGUUCUGUUUUGCAGGUCUUAUCUGUGUUAGUUGUGUGUUACUACCAGGAAGCCCCCUUUGGACCAAGUGGAUACAGACUGCGACUUUUCUUUUACGGUGUAUGCAAUGUCAUUUCUAUCACCUGUGCUUAUACAUCAUUUUCAAUAGUUCCUCCCAGCAACGGGACCACUAUGUGGAGAGCCACAACCACCGUCUUCAGUGCCAUUUUGGCUUUUUUACUUGUAGAUGAGAAAAUGGCUUAUGUUGACAUGGUUACAGUGGUUUGCAGCAUCUUAGGUGUUUGUCUUGUCAUGAUCCCCAACAUUGUUGAUGAAGAUAAUUCUUUGUUAAAUGCCUGGAAAGAAGCCUUUGGGUACACUAUGACUGUGAUGGCUGGACUGACCACUGCUCUUUCCAUGAUAGUAUACAGAUCCAUUAAGGAGAAGAUCAGCAUGUGGACUGCACUGUUUACAUUUGGUUGGACUGGGACAGUCUGGGGAAUAUCUACUAUGUUUGUUCUUCAAGAACCCAUCAUCCCAUUAGAUGGAGAAACCUGGAGUUAUCUAAUUGCUAUAUGCAUUUGUUCUACUGCAGCCUUCUUGGGAGUUUAUUAUGCUUUAGACAAAUUCCAUCCAGCUUUGGUCAGCACAGUACAACAUCUGGAGAUUGUGGUAGCAAUGGUGUUGCAGCUUCUAGUGCUACAUAUAUUUCCUAGUGUCUAUGAUGUCUUUGGAGGGGUAAUCAUUAUGAUUAGUGUUUUUGUCCUUGCUGGCUAUAAACUUUACUGGAGGGAUUUAAGAAGGCAGGAUUAUCAGGAAAUACUAGACUCUCCCAUUAAAUGAAUACUUAAUUAUUAUCUUGUUAAUGUUCAGUUACUAAUAGGUACACUGCCAUUUUAAUGUUCACCUAUACAUGUUUUUUUGUGUUGUAUAACUGACAGAGUGCUAUAUAUAAUUAAUAUAUGCAGAUGUAGAAAAAUUUAUUCUAGUCUUCUAAAUAUUAAAUUACGUGGAAUA